CGCUGUGGCUGUUCUGUUGGAUUAUCAAAUGACAGAUACCGAGCUAACUUUACACGUCCGUGACGUUUUAUAGAUGUUAUUAAGUAGGCGUUUUGUUUCGUUUAAAAUAACAUACUCUACUAUCAUCCAAACGUUCUACAAAUAUCAUUCGAACUUAUAUUUAGUUGAAACUUUACUGUCGUAACCCGGAACUCGUAUAGUGAAGCAACAAAAACUGUCACAGAAGUAGUAGACUAACGUUAGCUUAGCUGUUUAGCUAUAGACAGCUAGUUAGUAUGGGCAUCAAACGAAGUUAAAGAAACAAGGAUUCGUCUGAUUGGGAGCACUAGGAAACAGAAUGGCUGAGGAAGUGUGUAACUCAAUUGAAGUCAUGACAAACCAGUGAUUUUUAGGCAUGUGGCCACUACAAGAAGAGUCCCCAACUGGAGUAAAAAAACAGCUACAAAAUGGGAAAUCAGGAGCUGGAAGAGGUGUUUGUUGCAGCCAUCCGUCCAAAAAAUACUGUGAGCCUGACCUCCAAAGAAUACCGUGCUAAGGCUUAUGAGAUCCUGUUGAUUGAGGUUCCACUGGAAGGGAAAGAGAAGAAGAAGAAAAAAGUUCUGCUUGGAACUAAAAUCCAAUCUAAUGGAGACCAAGCCAGAUCCAUCUUGGAUUAUGUCGACGAAUCAACAAAACCAAUCUCUAAUAAUCAGGGACUGAUUGGAAAGCGUGUGGUGCACAUGAAGAAGUUCCCCCUGGAUGGGGACCGAGAAGGAAAAGAGGCUUCUCUGUUUAUUGUGCCAAUCAACGUGAAAGACAACAGUAAACCCACCUACCACCCGGGCAGCCCUAAUUUCUACUGCCUGCAGGACAUCAUGCGUGUCUGCAGCGAGACAAGCACACACUUCUCAUCUAUCACCUCAAAGAUGCUUCUGGCACUGGACAAAUGGCUGGCGGAGCAGCACACGGUGCCUCACGCCAUCCCGGCGCUCUUCCGUCCGGCGCCCCUGGACCGCAUCAAGACCAACGUCAGCAACCCGGCGUACGCGCCUGAGAGCUGGCAGAGUGACGGCCCGCUGCACAUGGGCUACACGGCGCUGGAGAUCAAGAGCAAGAUGAUGUCGCUGGAGAAGGCCGACAUGUGCAUCUUCAACCCGCUCUACGGUUCUGACCUUCAGUACACCAACAGGGUGGAUAAAGUCAUCAUCAAUCCCUACUUUGGCCUGGGCGCUCCUGACUACUCCAAAAUCCAGAUCCCCAAACGAGAGAAGUGGCAGCACAGCAUGAACAGCGUGACUGAGGACAAGGAGCGUCAGUGGGUGGACGACUUCCCCCUGCACCGCAGUGCCUGUGAGGGGGACACGGAACUGCUGUCCAAACUGCUGGAAAAUGGCCUCUCCGUCAAACAGCUGGACAGCGACCACUGGGCACCCAUCCACUACGCCUGCUGGUAUGGGAAGGUGGAGGCCACCAAGAUGCUUCUGGAGAAAGGGAACUGUAAUCCCAACCUGUUGAACGGCCAGCUUAGCUCUCCUUUACACUUCGCCGCCGGAGGGGGCCAUAAAGAGAUCGUCCAGCUCCUCCUUCAGCACCCAGAGAUAGACCGGCACAUUGAGGACCAGCAGAAGAGGUCUCCUCUACAGCUCUGUGAGGAGAACAAGCAGAACGACUGGGAGGAGACGGUCAAAUUCCUGCAGGAAGCCAACAACAAACCGUAUGAGAAGUCGCGGAUCUACCGCAUGGACGGCUCGUACCGCUCCGUGGAGCUGAAGCACGGCAACAACACGUCCGUGCAGCAGAUCAUGGAGGGCAUGCGCCUCUCCCAGGAGACCCAGCAGUACUUCACCAUCUGGAUCUGCUCCGAGAACCUCAGUCUCCAGCUGAAGCCUUACCACAAGCCCCUGCAACACCUGCGGAUCUGGAACGAGAUUGUGACGGACCUGACGGUUCUGGAUCCGCAGAGGGAGCACCCUCAGCUCUUCCUCAGGAGAGACGUCCGUCUGCCCCUCGACAUCGAGAAGAAGGUGGAGGACCCACUGUCCAUCCUGAUCAUGUUUGACGAGGCAAGGCACUGCCUCCUGAAGGGUUACUACCCGUCUCCAGACAGCAAGCUCAUCACGCUCGCCAGUCUCCUGCUGCAGAUCAUCUACGGAAACUACGAGAGCAAGAAGCACAAACAGGGCUUCCUCAAUGAGGAAAAUCUCAAGUCCAUUGUGCCCAUAUCUAAAGUCAAGAGCAAAGCACACCACUGGACCAACAGAAUUCUCCAUGAGUAUAAGAGUCUGAGCACGAGCGAGGGCGUGAGUAAGGAGAUGCACCACCUGCAGCGCCUCUUCCUGCAGAACUGCUGGGACAUCCCCACCUACGGGGCGGCCUUCUUCACCGGCCAGGUCUUCACCAAGGCCAGCUCCAGCAACCACAAGGUCAUCCGCGUCUACGUCGGGGUCAACACUAAGGGCCUGCAUCUCAUGAACAUGGAGACCAAGGUGCUGCUUAUCAGUCUGGAAUAUGGGUCAUUCAUGUGGCAGUUGGGUCAAGCUGACCAGUACUUCCAGAUCCAUAGUGUCCAGAACAAGAUAAACUUCAUUGUGCACACCAAACAGGCUGGCCUUAUAGUGAAGCUACUUAUGAAGUUGAGUGGGCAGAUCGUUCCAAAUGACAGAGUUUCUUCAGACAAAUAUGCUUACGGUUAACACCCAGAACUUCCCAUUGCGUGUUGUGUGUUGCUUUGUACUUUUUAUAAAUUGAUUGCUUAUUUGCUUUUUGUGUUUUUUUUUUUUUUUUUGUUUGUUUGUUUUUUUACUUAUUCACCAAACACAAUAAUGCUGAAUUAUAAUACCCAGUUAUUGCUAUUCAUGUCAUGAUAGUUUUUUUUUCUUAGCAUUACAAAAGGCUAAUUUUCAUAUUUUUCCAAGGAUUGUAAAUAUGUGUAUUUAAUGGUUCUGUUUUAUUAAAAUGAAUAAUAUAUCCACUAA